GGUUUCUUACAAUGUUGUGGUGAACCAUUUGUAGCUGCCGCAUUCACCCCCCCCCCCCCAACACAAAAAUCUCAACUAAGCUCUUCCGUCAUCGAAAAUGGUUGCCACCAAGAAGACCAAGAAGACUCAUGAGAGUAUCAACAACAGAUUGGCUCUCGUUAUGAAGAGUGGAAAAUACACUUUGGGUUACAAAACCGUCCUCAAAUCUCUCAGAAACUCCAAAGGUAAGUUGAUUAUCAUUGCCAACAAUUGCCCUCCUCUUAGAAAGUCGGAGAUCGAGUAUUAUGCAAUGUUGUGCAAGGUUGGAGUUCACCACUACAAUGGAAACAACGUAGACUUAGGCACUGCUUGUGGCAAAUAUUUCCGAGUGUGCUGCCUUAGCAUUGUCGACCCGGGUGACUCCGAUAUCAUUAAGAGCAUGCCUGGUGAUCACUAAGGUGUAGGGGGAAAACUCAUCUUCGUAGGCUUUAUUCUGAUAGUUUCUAUUUUUGGGUAUCUGGAACCAUUGUUGAUGUCAAAGAGAAGUUAUUCUGAAAUUCAGAACUUUCAUUGUAAGUGUUUGAUGUGGGACAGUUCCCAUGUAUUAGUAUUUUUGAUGGAUUUUUUCCAAAUCAUCUCAUAUGAUCUUUUUGUAGUGGAUUCUUAAUGCUGCUUUAGAGAAAUGAAGAACUUGACGA